ACUGGUGACGUGGCCGUCACGUGACCAAGAGCCGCCUAGAGCACAAGUCCUGCUAGUCGCCUCCGUCUGGGUACCAGCCCCCUAUUACUCUGCAGGCGUGUGAAGAAAGAAGGAAACUAGCUCGGACCGUGCAGGUUUGUAGGUCUGUUGGCCUGUAGGUUUCGGCAGAAGUCUCAGCGAGAGAAGGAGAAAACUGCCUUGGCUGGAACCUUGCAGACUCUAUCCUCUGUCACCGUGGAGGGACCACUGACAACAGAAGACAAGAGAAAACGAAGGAAUUUAUCUGACUUUGGUAGAGCUAUCAUAGCACAGACCCAUCUCCUGCCCUUCCCUGUGGACCCAGGAAGAGAAACGGGGGCUCCUGAGGUCGAUAGAGGAAGACAGAAAAGAACAAAGAAAUUAUUCAUCACGACAGAGCUACAAGAGCCUGGAAGAAGCUAAAGACUGCUACCCUCCAUCCUUACUCACCCUGGACCUGAGAGACCUCUUCAAUCAGGUGGAGCAAGGCCCUCUCCUGUCCUGCCCCAAGGCUGGCACAGACUUGAGCAUGGGCCGGGCUCGGGAAGUGGGUUGGAUGGCGGCAGGACUGAUGAUUGGGGCUGGUGCCUGCUACUGCGUUUACAAACUGACCAUAGGAAGAGAUGACAGUGAGAAGCUGGAGGAGGAGGAGGAAGAGGAGUGGGACGAUGACCAGGAGCUGGAUGAGGAGGAGCCUGAUAUUUGGUUUGAUUUUGAAACUAUGGCUCGGCCCUGGACUGAGGAUGGGGAUUGGACUGAACCUGGGGCCCCAGGUGGCACUGAGGACAGGCCCUCAGGGGGAGGCAAGGCCAACCGAGCACACCCAAUAAAACAGCGGCCAUUCCCCUAUGAACAUAAAAAUACUUGGAGUGCUCAAAAUUGUAAAAAUGGCAGUCGUGUUCUGGACCUCUCCAAGUGUCUUUUCAUUCAGGGAAAACUGUUGUUUGCCGAGCCCAAGGAUGCGGGCUUUCCGUUUGGCCAGGAUAUCAAUAGCCAUGUGGCCAGCCUCUCAAUGGCUAGAAACACGAGCCCCACUCCAGACCCCACUGUUAGAGAGGCUUUGUGUGCCCCGGAUAGCUUACAUGCGAGUACUGAAAGUCAGGGCCAGAUUAAGAUGUACAUCAAUGAAGUGUGUCGGGAGACUGUGUCACGUUGCUGCAACUCAUUUCUGCAGCAGGCCGGAUUAAAUUUGUUAAUAAGCAUGACAGUUAUUAAUAACAUGCUUGCCAAGUCCGUUUCAGACUUGAAGUUUCCUUUGAUAUCAGAGGGAAGUGGAUGUGCUAAGGUUCAGGUUUUGAAACCGCUGAUGGGUUUGUCUGAAAAGCCAGUCUUGGCGGGGGAGUUAGUCAGUGCCCAGAUGCACUUCUCAUUCAUGUCCCUCUUUAUCAGAAAUGGAAACAGAGAGAUUCUCCUGGAAACCCCUGCCCCAUAAACGGCCCUCUCGAACACAAUGGGACGGAAUCCACCCACAACGCGCUUGGUUUGCAGAUGUCAAAGAAUCUGCAGAGGGUGCUACUGAAGAUCCAGCCUUAGCCAAUCACCACCUCAUUGGGUGAAAGUUCCAGGGCUCAAUCCAGGACCACACUCUUAUUGGCCAGGCAGGGGCUCCCACAGAGCUUUGAGUAACUUCUUGGUUGUGCAGUCUGCAGGCAAUGUUGGCAUUGUAAAUUCCUCCCUUGCAGCCUCCUUCAUGUGGUGAGGGGAUCACUUCAGCUGCCUGCUGUGGACAAAGAACAUCAAAUUACGGCAUCACGAGUGCUAUUGUUGCCUGUGGUGGUCUCCCUGUCCAAGAGGACCGCUUUGCAGAGACCAGAGGCAUAUCGCAGCUUGAGCUGAAAAUGCAUUUGUUGCAGCUUAGGUUGAAUUAUUUUUCGUUUACCCUUUCUUCUACACGCGCCUGAUGGAUAGUGAACCCAUUCAUCAAAAAAGUGCACUGCUCUUCUGUCUAUUGUACCGACUUAACCUCUUCCACCCAAGUCCGCAUCUGUGUGUAUCAUCAAUAAAGUUGUGUGCUUUGAUUGGCAGAAAA